AUGGCGGGGGCCGCGGGCCUGGGGCGGCUGCUCCUCGGCGUCGCGGCGCCGUGGCUGUGGCUGCUGGGCGCCGGGGCGGCCUCGGCGUGGGCGGUGACGGCCCGCUUGGCCGCGAAGUGGCCGGACACCCCGCUGCUGCUGGAGGCCAGUGAAUUUGUGGCAGAAGAAAGUAAUGAAAAAUUUUGGCAGUUUUUGGAAACGGUAAAGGAAUUAGCAAUUUAUAAGCAAACAGAGUCAGAUUAUUCUUAUUACAACUUAAUCCUGAAGAAAGCUGGACAAUUUUUAGACAAUUUACAUAUCAAUCUCUUAAAGUUUGCUUUGUCUAUGAGGGCACACUCUCCAACUAUCGAGAUGUUUCAACAGAUUGCAGCUGAUGAGCCCCCACCAGAUGGUUGUAAUGCAUUUGUGGUUAUCCAUGAGAAACACACCUGUAAAAUUAAUGAGAUUAAAAAGCUGUUGAAGAAGGCUACUUCAAGGCCCAGACCAUAUCUAUUUAAAGUAGAUCAUAAAUUUCCAACAAAGAAGGAGAACUUACCAGUGGUUAUUCUCUAUGCAGAAAUGGGUACCAGAGCGUUUGGUAAAUUCCAUGCAGUAUUAUCUGAAAAAGCUCAAAAUGGGGAAAUUCUAUAUGUUCUUCGACAUUAUAUUCAGAAGCCAAGCUCACAGAAAAUGUACCUGUCUGGCUAUGGUGUGGAGCUAGCGAUUAAGAGUACAGAAUACAAAGCGCUGGAUGAUACCCAAGUUAAAACAGCGACCAAUACUACUGUAGAAGAUGAGAUUGAAACAAAUGAAGUUCAAGGAUUUCUCUUUGGGAAACUAAAAGAACUACAUCCAGACCUCAGUGGUAAUCUGACAGCAUUCCAGAAAUAUCUGAUUGAGAGCAACAAAGAAAUGAUGCCUUUAAAAGUCUGGGAACUGCAAGAUCUUAGUUUUCAAGCAGCUUCUCAAAUAAUGUCCACUCCAGUUUAUGAUGCCAUAAAAUUAAUGAAAGACAUUUCACAGAACUUCCCCAUAAAAGCCAGAUCUCUAACUAGAAUUGCUGUAAAUCAACAAAUGAGGGAAGAAAUACAGGAAAAUCAAAAGGAUCUUCACAAUAGAUUUGCCAUUCAUCCAGGUGAUGCUUGUCUAUUUAUAAAUGGACUUCGUCUUGAAAUGGAUUCGUAUGAUCCUUUCAGUAUUUUGGAUAUGCUGAAACUCGAAGGAAAAAUGAUGAAUGGCCUUCGCAAUCUUGGGAUCAACAGAGAAGAUAUGAGCAGAUUUUUAAAAUUAAAUUCACUUGCUCGGGACCAUUCUUAUGUAUUAGAUAUCAGGCAUUCUUCCAUAAGGUGGAUUAAUGACUUAGAAAGUGAUCAUAUGUAUGUUACGUGGCCCACAAGUUGCCAGGAACUUUUGAAGCCAGUAUUCCCUGGGAGUAUACCUUCCAUAAGGCGUAAUUUUCACAAUUUGGUUCUGUUUAUUGAUCCUGCUCAAGAAUAUGCCUUGGAUUUUAUAAAACUUGCCAAGCUCUUCUAUUUUCAUAAAAUUCCUCUUAGAAUUGGUUUAGUGUUCAUUGUUAAUACAGAUGAUGAAGUUGAUGGAGCCAGUGAUGCUGGAGUUGCUCUUUGGCGAGCUUUCAACUAUAUUACAGAGAAACAGGAUGUAUCACAAGCAUUUAUUUCCAUGGUGCAUAUGUACGAAGAGGUGAAGAAACAAAAUAUACUCACUGUGGAAAAUGUAAAGAGUAUCCUCCAAAAUAAAUUUCCUCAUGCUGAUAUUUGGGAUAUUUUGGGAAUACAUUCCAAGUAUGAUAAUGAAAGAAAGGCAGGAGCAAAUUUUUAUAAAAUGACUGGCCUGGGUCCUUUGCCUCAAGCUCUUUACAAUGGUGAACUCUUUAACCAUGAAGAACUGAAUGCUGAAGAACUAGAAAUGGCUGUUCUUCACAAAAUGAUGGAUGCUACAGUAUAUUUACAGAGGGACGUUAUUAUGGGUACAUUAAAUGAUAAAACAAGGGCAAUUGAUUUCCUUAUGGAGAAGGAUAAUGUUGUACCCCGCAUAAAUCCUUUGAUUUUGCCUGCUAAAUGGCAGUACCUUAAUUUAAUAUCUACAUCAGUAACUGCCGAUGUGGAAGAUUUCUCCACUUUCUUUUUCUUGGAUUCACAAGAUAAGAGUGCUGUAAUUGCAAAGAACCUGCAUUAUUUAACUCAAGAAGAUGACAGCAUAAUUUCUCCAGUUACUUUCUGGAUUAUUGCUGAUUUUGACAAACCAUCUGGGAGAAAACUGCUUUUUAAUGCAUUAAAGCAUAUGAAAGCCAGUGCUCAUAGUCGGUUGGGGGUUAUUUAUAACCCUACAUCAAAAAUAAAUGAAGAGAACACAGCUAUUUCCAGAGGAAUUUUGGCAGCUUUUCUUACGCAGAAAAACAGCUUUUUGAAAAACUUUCUCAGGAAGCUGUCAAAGGAAGAAACUGCGAGAGCUGUUUACUCUGGAGAUAAAAUUAAAACAUUCCUUACUGAGGGGGUGGAUAAGAGUGCUUUUGAGAAAAAAUACAAUACUAUUGGAGUGAAUAUUUUCCGAACUCACCAGUUGUUCUGUCAAGAUGUACUUAAAUUGAGUCCUGGAGAAAUCGGUGUCGUCAGCAAUGGGAAAUUUGUAGGACCUUUGGAUGAAAAUUUCUAUGCAGAAGAUUUCUAUUUAUUGGAAAAAAUAACCUUUACUAAAUCAGUAGAGAAAAUUAAAGGAAUUGUUGAAAAUAUGGACAUGAACUCAAAGAACAUGAGUGAUCUUGUUAUGAAAGUUGAUGCCCUUUUUUCCUCUUUGCCUAAACAUACUUCCCGGUCUGAUGUCACAUUUCUUAAAGAGAAUCACAGCAUUAUAAAGAUAAAUCCUCAAGAGGAUGAUAUGUUCUUUGAUGUCAUUGCUGUUGUUGAUCCAUUGACAAGAGAAGCACAGAAGAUGGCACAAUUACUGAUCGUACUUGGCAAGAUUAUCAACAUGAAAAUGAGGUUGUUCUUGAACUGUAAGGGUAUGCUUUCAGAAGCCCCUUUAAACAGCUUUUACCGUUUUGUUUUGGAAGCAGAACUCAUGUCCGGGUCUAAUGACAUCCUUCAGCCUGUGGCAAAAUUCUUGGAUAUCCCCGAGUCACCCCUUCUAACCCUCAACAUGAUUACUCCUGAAGGCUGGUUGGUGGAAACAGUGCACAGCAACUGUGACCUCGAUAAUAUUCACUUAAAGGAUAUCGAGAGGACUGUUGUAGCUGAAUAUGAGCUGGAAUACCUACUACUCGAGGGACACUGCUUUGAUGUGACAGCAGAACAGCCUCCUCGGGGCCUGCAGUUCACACUUGGCACAAAAAAGAAACCUGUUAUGGUAGAUACAAUAGUGAUGGCCAAUCUUGGAUAUUUCCAAUUAAAAGCAAACCCAGGUGCUUGGAUACUGAAGUUACGCCAAGGAAAAUCUGAAGAUAUUUAUCAAGUAGUUGGGCACCAAGGAACUGACUCUGAACCGAAUCUCGGAGAUGUCACUGUUGUGUUAGACAGCUUCAAAAGCAAAAUUCUGGAAGUGCAAGUACAAAAAAAGCCUGGCAAAAUUAAGGAAGAUGUCCUUACUGAUAAAGAAGUAGAAAAAAAAGGAAUGUGGGAUUCCAUUAAAAGUUUCACAAGAAGAUUACAGAAAAAAGACAAAAAGGAAACAGACGUUCUAAACAUUUUUUCGGUUGCUUCUGGUCAUUUAUAUGAACGUUUCUUAAGAAUCAUGAUGCUUUCAGUUUUACGUAACACAAAAACACCAGUGAAAUUCUGGUUUCUAAAAAAUUACCUCUCACCAACAUUUAAAGAGGUAAUUCCCCAUAUGGCUAAGGAAUAUGGAUUCCAGUAUGAACUAGUCCAGUAUAGGUGGCCCCGCUGGCUUCAUCAACAGACUGAAAAACAGAGAAUUAUUUGGGGUUACAAAAUUCUUUUCCUUGAUGUCCUUUUUCCUCUAGCAGUGGACAAAAUCAUUUUUGUUGAUGCUGACCAGAUUGUGAGACAUGAUCUUAAAGAACUUCGAGAUUUUGACCUGGAUGGAGCUCCUUAUGGGUAUACUCCAUUUUGUGAUAGCCGCACUGAAAUGGAUGGAUAUCGUUUCUGGAAAACAGGAUACUGGGCUUCACAUCUUUUAAAAAGAAAAUACCAUAUCAGUGCCUUGUACGUCGUGGACCUCAAGAAGUUCAGGAGAAUUGCGGCAGGUGACAGGCUCCGGGGCCAGUACCAAGCUCUCAGUCAAGAUCCUAACAGUCUCUCUAACCUAGAUCAGGAUCUCCCCAAUAAUAUGAUUUACCAAGUUGCCAUUAAGUCUCUUCCUCAAGACUGGCUGUGGUGUGAAACGUGGUGUGAUGAUGAAUCCAAACAAAGAGCUAAAACGAUUGAUCUGUGCAAUAAUCCCAAAACAAAAGAACCCAAGCUAAAAGCUGCCGCCAGAAUUGUCCCAGAAUGGGUGGACUAUGAUACUGAGAUACGGCAACUACUGGAGCAUCUUGAAAAAAAGAAGAAAAAUGAAAUUUUGACACACGACGAACUCUAGCACUGACCUGUAUGAAGAUGACAGUGGGAUGAGACUCUGCCACCCGUUGGGAAAGUGUGGAACUGCUAUUUCUGGAAGACCACUAAGACUUGGAAUUUCAUUAAAGAUCAGUGACAUAUUCUUCAUUUUAAAAAAUAUUACUUAAAAAGACAUAUUUAAAGUACUGAGUAAGUUUAAGUUAUGUGAGUUCCAAUGAGUCUUAAAAACUAGAUUGUUCCUUUAUUGCUUAAGACACCGGAUUUUUAACAGUAAAAGCUAUUUUGCCAAAUAAUCUAUGAACUACCUGGUAUCUGACUAGCUGGUCCUUAUGGGGGAUCGAACUGUACAUCCUGGUAUAUUGCAGCUCUAUCUGCAUCUGUAUUUCCUUAUUCACCAAAUGAGUUUAAAAUUUGAGAAAACUCUUGAAUUUUUUCUGCCGAGAAAGAAAAAGACUUGUUAUCUCUGAAUAAUAAAAUAAACUGAGGUCAUUUAUACCUUACCUACUGUUUUAAAAUGGAAAUAGUGUCACACUAUAAUCAUUUAUCUUAAAACAUCUGAUGUUUCGAUCGUGUGCUGUAUUUGUAACAUUUUUUUAUGUUUUUCAAAAAAUUUUAUUUGUGGGCUUUUGGGGUAUGUAUGUAUUCUUUACAAAAAAAAAGAACUGGCUGCUUUUAUAGAAACUGAGAAUGUAAACAGUUUGUUUUCCUGUUAUGUAUUAGUGAUAGAUAAACAGGAAACGUAAGUGUUCAAAAACUGUCCAGCUAUUCUGGAAUCACAGGAUCUUGGGACUGGAGGACACCCCAGUGUCAUCUGGAUCUUGCCCCCUGAAGAAACUGACCGUGGGGCUGAGGUGAGCAUGAGAAGUCGUGAUUGCUUAAAAAGCUAUCCAGGGGCUUCUGUUGCUAAGUGAGGUUUGGAGAGCACUUAAUAGAAUUUAGUGCCCAGCCAAGGUGCCAGCCCCUUACCAGGCCCCGUCAGGUAGAAGCCUCAGGCCGUCUUGAAGCCUGCAGUGUGAGGAACUGCCUGCCUCUCGCCAUGGCUGGCCAGGUGGGACAGCCCUGCAGACAGUUCCACAGUGAGCUAGAGACUCUUCCAGAAUACUUGCUCCUUUAAGCCCUACUGAACAGUUCCCUUCCUUCUUUAUCUGACAACAUAGAGGCCUAUCCCUGCUGCUCUCAGGCUCACUUGGUGAGCGGUAAGAGUCUAAUGCUUUUGGCUUAGGCCAGACACGCUAGCCCAGCCCACAGGAGUCUGUGAAGCUCCAACUAUAUGGUGAUUCUUUGCUUUCUUUUGUCAUCAACUUCUGUUCUCACUUCUGUAAGAAUCUUGUGGAAAGAGAGACCAGCUAGACAGCAGCACCUGACCUCCACUGGUGUCACUAGCAACUGUUCUCUCUGGUGCACUGUGAGCUGCCAUUGCAGGACAGAGUGAAGGGUCCCGGUGACACCCGCCCCCCACCUGUGUCUUGUGACUUUAAUGACUAAAUUUACAUGUGUAGUUUCUAGAUGAGU